AUGGACGACGAGCGACUACCCAAACGACUUUUCUACGGAGACGUCGCGACGGGUUCUCGCCGUCAAGGAGGCCAAAUUCGCCGUUACAGGGAUACUCUGAAGUCCUCCCUGAAGCGUUUGCAAAGCAAUCCGACCAACUGGGAAGAGCUUGCCCCCGAUCGUCUGACAUGGAGGAGAAUAGUGAAGACGGGCACAGGUAUCCACGAAGGCAACCGCAUAGCCGCCGCCAAAGCGAAAGGCGAAGCCCGAAAAUCACAACUUCGCCCAGUACGCAACGCCGCCGCACAACCGCUUCCAACGUGUCCUCGAUGUCAACGGAUAUUCCGGGCUCGAAUUGGACUUGUUGGACAUCUUCGGACCAACUGCGCCUCUCGAACUGCACCAAACAUCCCGCCUCUUCCUCCUCCUCUCCGCCGCCAACUAACUCUGACAAUUCUCCUGAACCACCGCUUCCACCCCCCUACCUCCUCCUCCUCCACUGCCUCAGCGGCGACCGCUCAGGCGGCCGUUUCGCACAUCAACCGCGACACAACAACCAACACCACCCCCAACUCUCCAGAUUCCAGUGAUGAGGAUCAGGAUUACACCUGCCCUCCCUGCGACCGCACCUUCACCUCACGCAUCGGCCCGGUCGGUCACUUGCGAAUCCAUCGCACAGAGACUGGUGAACCAGUGCCUGGAGCACCAACCUACACCCACCGCACUCGCCCCCACUGUCCACACUGCCCUCGCACAUUCACGCAUCGCAUGGCACUAUUCGGUCACAUGCGCAUCCACGAGAGCGGAAUUGACCGCAGCCUUGACACACCCACGCCGCCGAGCCCCACUCCAAAUUCAUCACCUAGCGCACCCACCUACCACUCCCCAACCGACAUCGACGUCACCGACUCUACCACCCCUUACUCCUCCCCGUCCUCCUCCUCUUCCUCCUCCACUGACAAAACGACGGCCACUCCGGCGUUUGUCGCGACCGCCAUCACCACAGCCACACCUGACACAACAACAGGCAUAACGCCUGCAACCUCCGUCAUGAGAAGUGAGGAACAGGACUAA